AUGUCUGCCCGCGCACGAAGGGCCCUCCGUGAUCAGGAGCUCACUUUGCAAUCACAAACCACCAAUGACCCUGCUUCGGAAGAUGAGGCUCCGGCGCCAAGCAAAGCGAGCUUGUUUGCCCUGCUGGGAGAAGUAGAGGAUGAGGACGGCAACGGCGACCAGGGACUGGAAGAGGGAGAAACGGAAGAGGAAGAGGGAAACCCCGAGCAAAGCCCGGCAAAAAAGAAGAACAGGAACAAGAAGAAAAAGAAGAAAUCGAGGGCAACUGAAGCGGUUAAGAGCGAGGGGAAACUUCACCAUGCCGAAUUUGGUGAACUCGUGGCUCCGAGAUCGGGGAGUCUGCAACCCAAAGUGGUGCCCAUCGAUUCAGUGCUCGCGGUCGAGUCGAGAAACUUUGAUGCGAACGCUGAGAUGAGGAUUUUGUUUGGCCGAGCCGCGAUGCCCGAACCGACGGGGGGAACCUUCCAAGGCCGAAGAGGAGGAAGGCAGAGGGGCGGUAUGAGGGGGCGUGAUGGCCGAAUAGUUAGCAGCCGUCGGAAUAUCUUUAUCCAACCGAAGGGCACCUGGCCGAAUGCUACCAGCGGUGGGCUGGGUAUGGAGAUCGUUAGCGUUGGCUUGGACGGUGGUCCCACCGAGUUUAGAUUUGUGCAUUCGACUGCCUACCAGGAUGUGCAAAGGCAGUUCAAGAUUUGUGUCGAGUCGAUGGGUGAGUUCUUCAGAGCUGCGGAAUGACCCCUAGCUAAUUGAAUAGAUCCUGAUCGCAUGGUACAGUUGCUACAUCACAAUCCAUACCACAUCGCUACGCUUCUUCAAGUAUCCGAAAUUUUGUCGCAGCAGGGAGAUCAUGAAGGCUCUGGCGAUGUCCUUGAGAGAGCCCUCUUCACCUUUGGCCGCUCGGUGAACUCUGUCUUCGGUGCAAGGCUCUCGGAGGGAAAGGCCCGCCUCUCCUUCCUUCUUCCAGAGAACCGCGAAUUCUGGCUCGCUUGUUGGCGGUACAUUUUCAAUCUCGCUAUGCGUGGGACCUGGAGGGCGGCGGAAGAGUUUGGACGAAUGCUACUUGCACUAGAUCCUGAACGAGAUCCUUACCAAGUUUGUCUGAUUAUUGAUAUGCUGUCACUGAACGCUCGGCAGCCAGAGAGGUUUUUGACACUCGUCGAGCAUCCGGAAUUCAUCAAGCGUCAUGCGCACCUUCCGAAUAUCGCAUUUUCAACAGCACUAGCAUAUCACCAGCUUCGAAAGGAUGCACUAGCGAGGGAGUACCUGGCCAAAGCCAUCACUCGAUUCCCAUGGGUUCUCAAAAGGCUAUCCAUCGAACUGAGCAUUCGGCACCCGCCCAACACCCCCCUCGCGGCGGAGAUUCUCCCACCAGAUGCACUGCACAACAUCUUAUCCGAACUAUUUGUCGAGCGGACAAAAGACCUCUGGAAAGGUGCGGACACAAAACAGUUGCUGGCAGAUGUAGUCGCCUCGAUAUACUCGCUCCCGCAAAAGUCAUUCCGCGCACCGCCAAGGGAACCCUCCAGCGUGGAUGAGUUUGAUGGUGUUAGCAUCGACGUUGCCCGUCAUAUACUAUCAACCGGCAGUCGGAGCCUAAUACAAUACCUUCCCCGAGAAUGGGCCAGGGUACCUACACUCAGUUACGACCCCCUUCCUCCAGAGGAUGGUAUUGAGGGGCCUCCGUUGUCGUAUCUACAGAAUCUUAUUUCCUCAGUGUCCCCUAUCUUAGGGCGGGCACAGGCCGCGGGCGGGGACAGAGGGGAUAUUGAAGAUGUUGAGGAGGAAGAGUUUCGCCAGUUGAUGGAACAGCUAGCUCUGGAGAUUGCAAGCGCCUCUGAUGGAAACACUACAGGCGAGAACACGGCGGAUGGGGAUGUUGCGAUUGGGGAUAACAAUGGCGAGAGCGCUGCGGAUGAGAGUGGGACAAGUAGCAUAAUACAGAGCCUACUAGGCUUUGUCAGAGGUGGGGGGGGAACUCGCUCCGAAGAUGGUAGUGGUGGUGGUGGCGGUGGUACGGGUGAAAAUUGA